AUGAUUGGCCUGGAUGAUCGGCCUGGUGACUCGGAUGAUCGACUGGUGACUCGAAUGAUCGGCCUAAUGGAUUCUUUUGUUGACGAUCCUCGGUCGCUGACCUUCGGAAAGGCCGGUUGGAAUUCAUUUGUUGACGAUCCACGGUCGCCGACCUUCGAAAAGGUCGGCCGGGAUUCUUUUGUUGACGAUCCUCGGUCGUCGACCUUCGGAAAGGCCAACCAGGAUUCGUUUGUUGACGAUCCACGGUCGCCGACCUUCGGAAAGGCCGACCGGCAUUCGUUUAUUGACGAUCCACGGUCGCCGACCUUCGGAAAGGCCGGCCGGCAUUCUUUUGUUGACGAUCCACGGUCGCCGACCUUCGGAAAGGCCGGCCGGGAUUCUUUUGUUGACGGUUUGAGUUAUGUAAAAUAUGUUUUUUUGACAUUCUUGGGAAACAGGUGUGAUGAACGAAUCCAGAAAAUUCAAACAAUCGAAAUGAUGGAAGGAAUCCUCAUUUGUGUUGCCCCUCAUUGUCUCAAAUCUUUCUUAAAGAAAGCUGAUUUUGAAUCUCAUAUCCAAGACAGCCAUGCCAACCUUCUUCGACCCAAUGCUGAUAAAGAAGAUGGAAAUGACUCAGAGGCACAGAGUGUUAGGCAAUCUACUGCUUCAGAUUCCACUGCUAGAGGUCCCCAAAGACCAGUUUUUUCUCCUAGUUCGAAUUCACAGCAACAUGAUNUGGAAGACAAAUCUCGUAGACAGACACCUAGGGAGCAACCACCUUCAAGGCAAACCCUGCAGCCAAAGCCACCACCAUAUUACGGUCAACAACACCCUUCAGAUACCAUGCCUGGCUCUGUUGGAGGCGGACAACAGGGUUUUCAUCANCAAAGUUUUGACAUGCAACAACCCCCACAAGAACCUUCCCAGUUUUCUGACAGGCAGCAAGCAGUGGGUCCAGAGACCCCAUUUUCUGAGUAUCCAACGAUGCACCCCUCACAACCUUCCAAUGUUCCCUCCCUGGUUACUUCAAACCCAAUGUUGAACCCUCCUUUGCCAUUAGGUUACCCCCCUUACCCAAAUGAACGAGCUCAACCAUUUUAUGGUGCUCCCUAUGAUAUGGCUAGGCCGGACUCAGGUGCUGAUAUGGGUGGGGAGCAGAGUUCACUAUUGGGAUUCCCUCAAGGUGCCCCAAAUGGCCCAAAUUUUCCAGGAAAUUAUCCCCAGUCCUGGAAUUCAGGAAUUGGUGGUGUGCCUUUUGAACAAACACAGGGUGGUAUGGUUGUGGAUCCAAGGGAGGGCAAAGGCAUACUUGCACCACAACCCAUGCGCCUCCCACCACCACCUCCCCACCACCACAUGUGAAACAAAACUACUAUU